UCUCUGCGAGCUUACCGAUCGGCCGAUUUUCGGACUGCCUCGAACUUCCAUGUUGAUGACGUGGGGUCUAGAAUUCCAGAGAGUCUGAAGAUUGCUAACAGAGAAAUAGUUCAUAUACACAAAUAGCCCCGAGCUGUCUUUGGAGUCAUUCAACUGUUCCUGAUACUCUCUACAAUCCUUGAUGAACACACCCACGCCUAAGUCAGCCAGACAUGCCAGACAAAGUAAAAGUAGUCAUAGUCGGUGACGAAGGCGUGGGCAAAUCAGCACUCAUUCUACGGCUCUGCUUCGACCACUUCUCCAACACACAUGAAGCCACAGCGGACGACAGUAUCCGCAAAUCCACCGUAGUCGACGGUAAAGAGUGCGAACUCGAUAUCAUAGACACCGCCGGCCGAGAGCAGUAUGCCACGCUAAUCGAGGAAUGGAUUCGACAGGGCGAAGUCUUCGUUUUGGUUUUCGAUGUCGCAUCUCGGGAAUCGUUCACUCAUGUUCGAAAAUACUACGACCAGGUCCGAAAGAUCAAGGAGAUUGUAGAUGACCACUCGAUAAACCCACCUGCUACGCAUCCGGGCCCGCCGCAUUUUGCGCCCUUGAUCUUGGUCGGGAAUAAGAGUGACCUGCAACAUAAGCGGGCUGUGUCGGAAUCGGAGGGCAUGGGGCUCGCUAAAGAGUUGUGCGGCGAGUAUGUUGAGGCUUCUGCUAGGGAUAAUGUUAAUGUUGAGGCGGCGUUCAAUCAUGCGGUUCGAAAGAUUCGGAAGCGUCGGUAUGAGGCUGAUCAUUCGCUUUUCUCGCAAGCUGAUGGGACUGCAACGACGACGAAGCGGUAUAGACCAUUUCAUCGGAGACAUCCUGGUAGCUGUAAUUGCGUUAUCCUAUGAUGAUGGGGUGGAUAUCAUU